UUCCCACAGCCCCUGUGCAGCUUUUGGAAAAGAACUUUGAUUCCUGGGUUCUCUCUGGUUAUCGCCCGAAACCCUGAAAGUCGUCGCGUUCCGAGUGGCAACCGUCGCGCACGGAACGUUGGCUGACUGGUCGGCCGCAGAGGCAGGUGAGGGCUUCUUACUCGACCAGAGGAGUGUGCAAGGCUAGGCGUGCGGCCUCACCUGGAAUGCAAAUCAGAAUUUGGACCAGAGCCCUUCCUGAGGAUGCUGAAGCAAUAUUUUCUUUGGACUGUGAGUUUCUUCUAAAGUGGAACUAAGAAGAGGACUAAUACAUUGAAUUCUAAAAAAAAAACCAUGGCCCAUGGGAUGGUGAUGUUCAAAGAUGUGGCUAUAGAUGUCUCUCAGGAGGAAUGGGAAUGCCUGAACCCUACACAGAGGAAUUUGUACAAAGAUGUGAUGUUGGAGAACUAUAGCAACUUGGUUUCACUGGGACUUUCUAUAUCUAAGCCGGCUGUGAUCUCUUCAUUAGAGCAAGGGAAGGAGCCCUGGAUGGUUGUGAGGGAAGUGACAGGAGGACGGUGCCCAGCAGCAUUAUACACAAGAGCCAAAGGGUGGAAGCAACCUAGGUGUCCAUCAACAGACUUGGUGUCCAGGUGUGAGGCCAAGAAGUUAUCUCCAAAAAGAGACAUUUAUGAGACAGAGACAUCCCGAUGGGCUAUCAUGGAACAAUUUAAAAGUCAUAAUCCUGAGAAGUCCAUUUUGAGAGAUAUUUGGGAAUGCAGUAGUCAGUUUGAGAUACAACAGGAACAGGAGGCCUAUUUUAGGCAAUUUGUUAUCAACCAUGAACACAUGCCUAUAUUUAACCAACAUACUUUACUCACUCAGGAAUUUUAUAAUAGAGAGAAAAAUGUUGAGUGUAAAGAAUGUAGAAAAAUCUUCAGUUACCAUUUAUUUUUUAGUCAUCACAAAAGAACUCAUUCUAAAGAAAAACUUUCUGAAUGUAAGGAAUGUGCAGAAACUGUUAAUACAUCAUAUCUUACUAAACAGAGAAUUCAAAAUAGUAGCAAGUGCAAUGAAUGUAAGGAAUGUUGGAGGGCUUUUAUUCAUUGUUCACAACUUAAACAACACCUGAGAAUCCAUAAUGGUGAAAAACGCUAUGAAUGUAAAGAAUGUGGAAAGGCCUUUAAUUACGGCUCAGAACUUAUUCUGCAUCAGAGAAUUCACACUGGUGAAAAACCCUAUGAAUGUAAGGAAUGUGGGAAGGCCUUUAGGCAGCGAUCACAGCUAACUCAACAUCAGAGACUUCACACUGGUGAAAAACCUUAUGAAUGUAAGCAAUGUGGGAAGGCUUUUAUUCGUGGCUUUCAACUUACUGAACAUCUUCGACUCCAUACUGGUGAGAAACCCUAUGAAUGUAAAGAAUGUGGAAAGACGUUUAGGCAUCGCUCACACCUUACCAUACAUCAGAGAAUUCAUACUGGUGAGAAACCCUACAAGUGUAGAGAAUGUGGAAAGGCCUUUAGCUAUCACUCAAGCUUCUCUCACCAUCAGAAAAUUCAUUCUGGCAAAAAACCUUAUGAAUGUAAUGAAUGUGGGAAGGCCUUUUGUGAUGGCUUACAACUUACUCUACAUCGGAGGAUUCAUACUGGUGAGAAACCCUAUGAGUGCAAGGAAUGCGGGAAGACUUUUAGACAGUGCUCACACCUCAAAAGACAUCAGAGAAUUCAUACUGGUGAGAAACCUCAUGAAUGUAUGAUAUGUGGUAAGGCCUUUAGACUUCAUUCACACCUUAUUCAACAUCAGAGAAUACAUACUGGUGAGAAGCCCUAUGAAUGUAAGGAAUGUGGGAAGGCCUUUAGCUAUCAUUCAAGCUUCUCACACCAUCAGAGAAUUCAUUCUGGGAAGAAACCUUAUGAGUGUGGGAAGGCCUUUAAUCAUGGCUUGCAAUUUAAUCUACAUCAGGCACUUCAUACUGUUGAGAUGCCAGUAAGAUUUCCUCUCCUCUCUCCCCAUCCUACUCUAGCAUCAUGAUAAUAUUUUUAGAAAUACAGGUUUUCCUUUUUGUUUUCAAGGUAAAAGUUGGUAAAAUACUGAAUUUCAUUAAUACUGAUUUAUUUCAGUAAUCCUUGGGGAAAAAAAAAACUUCAAGCGGGAAAAUGGAAAAGUAAUUAACAGGUAAAAUUUUUUAAUUGCUCUGGUUCCAGUGCUGUUUCUGGGUUGUUAUAACACCCAUGGAGAUAAAUUUUAUAAAACAGUGUUUUUACUGAAACUAGUGAAAUGUGGCAGAAAUAAAAUGAAAACAAUUUCUUCCCCUUUCACAAAUCCCUGAGAUAGCCAAUAUGUGAGUGUUGCUCCAUCCUGCUCAAACAUACCUGCAAAUAUGAAGGGUUUAUUGCAUGUGUGUGGAAGGUUAUACCAGUUACAGUGACAUAUUUCGUGGCAAUUUCUUUUUGCACAAAUAAUUGCAAACAUUUUCCCAGGUGAAUACAUAAAGAGCUAACUCAUUUUUUUUUCAAGCCUCAGAAUAUUUCUAGUAUGGGAUACGUAUCUGUAUUUUAAGCCAUUUCCUACUGUAGACAUUCAGUUUUUUCUGUUUUCAUCACAAAUGGUCAUACAAUAAACAUUCUUACAUUGUCAUUCUUUUAUUUCCAUUAUGGAGGGUAGAUUACCAGCCAUGAGAGUGUAUGUAUGUUUUGAUAUUACAUUGAUUUUUUAAUUUUAAAAAUUAGGCAAUAAAAGCACAUGCUACAAAAUUCAGAAGUUAUCAAGCAAGUAAAGUAAAAAUUAAAGCUUCCUUAAUAUCUGCCACCUGCUUUACUUACACAGGAUCAACCACAGCUGU